AUGGGAGACACCACAUUUCUCAUUGAAUUCGACCAUCCUGCCGCUGUAUACUCCCCUGGACAGAAUGUAGCAGGGAAGCUAACAAUCAGAAAUCGAAAUGCUUUAAAUGCACUGGCUCUGAAAAUUUGCAUCCAUGGAGAUAUUGAAACGUUGUGGAGGAAAUUUGAGAAUAAAGGGAGAUAUGACCGACAUGGUCGAUGGUAUCGUAGCUCUGAACAUAUCAACUAUACUAGCAAGAUAAACGUCUUGGAAGGAAUCGCCCAGCCAUGGAGUUCCAUUGAAAACGCGAACAAUAAAAUCCCUGGCGGUGUGAACAUAUUUCCGUUUCUCUUCCAACUUCCUGCAAAUCUACCACCGAGUUUUGAAGGGACGCAUGGAAAUGUUCGAUAUUCGGUACACGUGGAAUUAGAUAGGCCAUGGAGGAUGAAUGUUGAAGCGAAGAGGGUGUUUUCUGUGAUUCCGGUUAUCGAUUUAAACUCCAUUCCAAAAACAAUCAAUCCAAUGAUCGUAUCUUCUUGCAAGCAUUCUGGAUUAUUUUCUAACAAAGAGGUUAAAGUUAAGAUCUCCAUCCCAAAAUCCGGAUACAUCCCAGGAGAGACCAUCCAAGUAUCUGCUCUAAUUCAAAAUCACACGAAGAAGCCUAUAUAUUCUAUAAAAGCAAAAUUGGAGCAGCACGUGCAUUAUCAGGCUCAACAAGAGAAUUCUCAUCUAUUUCCAGAAGAACAUUGUCAUAAACAUUGUGAGCAUAAAACUGCUCAAACCACAAUGUCGAAAGUUGAGAAGAGUUGUCACGUGGAAUUUUGCUCAAAUAGCCAAAUAAAUGUGCCACUUGUUCUGCCGAAUCAGUUGGUUCCUAGUUUUCGAACAGGAAUUAUUGAAGUAGACUAUUGUAUUAUUGUGGAUAUCGGAGAGAAUAAGAAAUUGAGAUGUGAACUUCCGAUUACUGUUGGAACAAUUCCCAUUGGAGUAUUCACAAGACCAAUUGCCUAUUCUAUUACGGAAGCUCCUCCUAAAUAUGAAAACUUCAGUCAAAUUGUAGAAGAUUCUCAGGCAAGUGCUCCACCGCCGGAAUAUGAAAAUGAAGAACAUUUUUAACAUUUUUUCGUGUGUGUAUAUCGAAUUCUCAUUUUCAGUAAAUUAAAUUUUUAAUUUGCCGGUUUAAUUA